AUGUCGUCAAUGGGAGAGCAAAAGAUGGAGUCUCAGGCAAAUACUGCCAACACAGAUGUUGCUUCGACCAUGAUGGGAGGGGUCACGCAACAAGUGGAAAGUAGCAACACUGACGGCGUUCAAAAGAAGAAGCGAAAGCCUCGCAAGCCACCAGCUGUUGCUUGGAAGAAGCCCAAGGGUAUGCCCAAGCGUCCUCUGAGUGCUUACAAUCUCUUCUUUAAGGUUCAGCGAGAAGCCAUCAUGUCUGCUCGAGCCAACGAUAAGAGUGAAGCUGCCCUGAAGCGCUCCAAGAAGGAAACCGUUGGGAUUGGCUUUGCAAACCUUGCCCGAACCAUUGGAGACAAGUGGCAAUCGCUGGACGAUGCUGACAAGUCUGAGUAUAUGGAACAGGCAGCCAAGGAGAAAGCUCGUUACAAGCAAGAGAUGGUAGUUUGGAGAAAAAAGCAAAAGGACGAGAAGGAGCGCCAAGCAAACAUGCCACCUGCAACUGUAGCUGUGGCUGGCAAUUUCCACGGUGGCGCCAUACCAGCGCCUCAGCCAUCAUCUCAGCAAAGCAGCAUGGUUGGAAUGAUGGGAAGAAGCUUUUAUGAUGACUCUAGGAUUCAUCCAGCUCUUUGGCAAGCAGGAGCAGGAGGUCUUCAAAACCGUUUGCAACAUCACCAAACGAAUGGUCUUCUCUUUGGUAUGCAACAGCCUCAUCAGCAAUCUCCAAUGAUGCACUCCUAUCUUCAAGAACUAGCAGACAAUACAUUGCUACAACGGCAGCAACAGCAGUUGCAAGAACUACAAACAAGACAACUUUUUCUAGCAGGUGCCUUUGAUCCUUCGCCCCGUCCACACAAUCCUUUCGGGGACGCGGCCACGGCCUCGUAUCCAGAGACUUGGUUUGAGCUUCCAUCCGCUCAGCAGCAUCAUCAGCAUCAGCAACAGCUACCGCCAAGGCAACCACUGGCUGUGGAGGGCGAGUCAAAUCAACAGAGGUUGGCUCCUCACAACGAUGGAGAGCUUCAAAAGCUACAACUUCUUCAAGAUCAGCAUCUACAGGAACUGCAAGGGGGCGGUCAUCUGCAGGGGGUUGACCUUGACAUGCUCAAGGAACAAGGUGACUUGAAGAAGCUUUCUGAGAGUGCAAUGCUCCUCAAGCAAAGCUCCACAGAAGCACCUCCCACCACGUUGAGCAGAGGAUCGGCUGCUGCAGGAGGAGGCAAUGACAAUACGCAAUCCCUUCACACCUUGGCUUCCAAGUUGGACAACGAUACCAUUAGCUUUUUGACCGAAUUCCGGUUCAAUAAUGGGAAUGCAAACAAUGGCAUCAUCAUCAACAACAGUGGUACUAGUGGUAGUAGUCAACAAGCUACUACUGCUAAUUUUGAAGAUCCACGAACUAAACAUCACCAGAUGCGCAACAACAACUGA